AAGUCAUUCCUCCAGCGAGUGCAUCACUGAUGAGACAAACAAAGGCAAAACGACAACAACAGCACGCGGAAUCCCACCCUUUCUGUGUCAUCUUCUGUACAGUUUAUUGUUUGAUUAUUUAAUCAUGCUUUUGUUUUUGCGAUAAUGUUGGCACAGUGUGCGAAUAUAUUUACACAUCUGUGUCUUAUAUAUCGUUGUUUCUGGAAUGCAGCUGGAAUGAAGAUGACAUGGUUUUGGACGAUAAGCCUUUUUCAUCACACUGUUGGAAUAAUGUGCUUGCGUGGAUAUUUAACCUCAUGAACUCACCGCAGAUUGGAUAAAGUUAUGUUGCAUAUUGGACUUUAAAUUCACGUAUUGUUGCAGUGAUACCAAACUACACAUUGCAACGUUGAAUUUCAGACUAUGUCUAAUAUCCCUCUGUUACUUUUAAUACACAGUAAACCUGAAAUCCAAUGAGGACUGCAAGCUUUAUGGGCAUUUGUAUUAUUAGAGCAAAAGAAAACAGAAGUUUAUGUUUUUGAAUUGCUGCGUUUGAUGGAUUCUGGCAGAGGAAGAAUGCCCCCACUCUUCUCCACUAGAUGGGUCACAACCCAUGAGAUCAGGACAAACCUUUUCACAUUUAUGAUAUUUUACCUGUUAGCAUGCACUGAAGGGUCAUAUUCUAAAAGCUGUGAUAAAAAUUGCUUCUUUGGAAGAUGUAUAAAUGGAACUUGCAUCUGUGACCAAGGCUGGGUUGGGGAUCAAUGUCAGUAUUGCCAAGGGAGAUUCAAAUUGACAGAGUCUUCAGGAUCACUCACCGAUGGACCAGUUAACUACAAGUACAAAACUAAAUGUACUUGGCUCAUUGAAGGAUACCCAAAUGCUGUGCUCAGGUUGCGGUUCAACCAUUUUGCCACAGAGUGUAGUUGGGAUCACAUGUAUGUCUUUGAUGGAGACUCUGUUUAUGCACCUUUGGCAGCUGUGUUUAGUGGUCUGGUUGUCCCAGAAACAAAAGGAAAUGAGACAAUUCCAGAAGUGGUGACCACGUCUGGAUACGCGUUGUUGCACUUUUUCAGUGAUGCUGCCUACAAUCUUACAGGAUUCAACAUCUUUUAUUCGAUAAACUCCUGUCCUAAUAACUGUUCGGGCCAUGGGAAGUGUACUACAGGCAACUCCAUCUCCAGUAGUGUGUACUGUGAGUGUGAGCGAUACUGGAAAGGUGAGGCCUGUGAUGUUCCUUACUGCUGGGAUGACUGUGGAAGUCCUGAUCGUGGAUACUGUGACCUCACUGGAGAGAAGCUCUGUGUCUGCAAUGACAGCUGGCAAGGUCCAGAUUGUUCUUUAAAAGUCCCAUCAGCUGAGCCAUACUGGUUUUUGCCCAACUUGAAGCCUGAUGGACAGUCACUGGGCCGGGCUUCCCAUAAAGCAGUGGUUCAUGGCAAGCUCAUGUGGGUGAUUGGAGGGUUCACCUUUAACUACAGUUCCUUUCAGAUGGUAAUAAACUAUAAUCUAGAAAGCAGCACAUGGGAUGUAGUGCCAAUCAACGGUGGCCCCCUGCAGCGCUAUGGACACUCCCUGGCUCUCCACAAGGAUGAUAUCUACAUGUUUGGUGGGAAGCUGGAGGCAGGCUCCGGGAAUGUAACAGAUGAACUGUGGGUGUUUAAUACACAUAGCCGGUCUUGGUCCCUGAGGAAUCCCUUCCCUGUUCUGCAGGCUCAAUACUUUGCUGUGGAGGGACAUACUGCACACAUAGUGGACAACAGAAAUGGAGAGCCCAUCAUGUUGGUGAUUUUUGGCUAUUCACCCAUUUAUAGCUACUUCAGCCACGUCCAGGAGUACAACAUUCGCAUUAACUCCUGGUCGGUGGCAGAGACAAAUGGAGCGCUGGUGCAGGGAGGAUAUGGCCACAGCAGUGUGUAUGACAGCUCCUCACAUUCCAUAUAUGUCCAUGGAGGAUACAAAGCCCUCCCUGCCAACAAAUGCGGCCUAGUGGAUCAUUUAUACCGCUAUCAGGUCCACACACACACCUGGUUUAUUCUGAAGGAAAGUGGUCUGGCAAGAUAUCUUCACACUGCUGUGCUGAUCAAUGGAGUUCUGCUUGUGUUUGGGGGAAACACUCAUAACGACACCUCGCUCAGUAACGGGGCCAAAUGCUUUUCCUCUGACUUCCUCUCCUAUGACAUCGCAUGUGAUGAGUGGACAGUUCUGCCAAAGCCAAAUCUUCAUUGGGAUGUCAAUCGUUUUGGACACACAGCAGUUAUCAGUAAUGGCUCGAUGUUCGUGUUUGGUGGUUUCUCUGGUGUGAUUCUGAAUGAUGUACUGGUGUAUAAGCCUGCCAGCUGUGAGGCCUUCCUUGAGGUGGAUCUUUGUCAGAGCGCUGGUCCUGGAAUCCGCUGUAUCUGGGUCAAUGAACACUGUGUCCAGUGGGACUCCAGCCAUGCUAAUGACAGUGUGCCUGCCUCCUUUUGCCCUGCACGGAACAAUUCUGUGGAUAAGCAAUGUCACCAGUAUUCAGACUGUGCUUCCUGUACAGCCAACACCAAUGACUGCCAAUGGUGUGAAGACAAAAAAUGCAUUCCUUCUUCAAGCAAUUGUACUGUCUUGACAGUUGAGCUUGCCCACCACCCUCGAGGUCCCUUGUACCUCAACCCUCCUCCUGCCAUGCUAUCGGAGCACCAACUUUCCAUCUGGAGACCCGGUUUACGAAAAAACGGCAUGUCUGUGAAGAACUUUAUUAAAUGCAAUGUUCGAAGUGAGCAAGUUUGUAGCAAGCUGGUGAACUGCAGGAGUUGCUCCCGAAACAUCAACUGCCAGUGGGAACCACAACAACAGGAAUGCCAUGCUCUUCCAGCAUACUUGUGUGGGGAAGGCUGGAGUCAGAUUGGAGAUGCAUGUCUCAGGUUGAAUUCCAGUAAGGAGAGUUAUGAUAAUGCCCAGCACUACUGUAAGAACCUGGAUGGCAACAUUGCCUCUUUAACAUCUGCCAAACAGUUGGACUUUAUUCUGGAAGAGCUGCAGAAGUAUCAGCUGCAGGGGAGGAAGCUAACUCCCUGGGUGGGUCUCAGGAAGAUAAAUGUUUCAUACUGGGGGUGGGAAGACAUGUCUCCCUUUACUGCCAGCACGGUGCAGUGGUUACCAGGGGAACCAAGCGACUCUGGGUUUUGUGCAUACCUGGAAAGAGCUGAGGUAGCUGGACUCAAAGCCAAACCCUGCACUGCCAACACUGAGGGCCUGAUCUGUGAAAAGCCAGUUGUGAGCCCAAACCUUAGUGUGCGCCCAUGUAAGAUGCCCUGCUCUCUGCGAAACACCUGUGCCAACUGCACCAGUCAGGCCAUGGAGUGCAUGUGGUGUAGCAGCACCAAGCGCUGUGUGGAUUCUAAUGCUUACAUCAUCUCCUUCCCCUAUGGCCAGUGCCUGGAGUGGCAAACUGGAGACUGUGGCUCUCAGAACUGUUCAGGUCAUCGUACAUGUGCCCAGUGUCUGGAGCAGCCUGAAUGUGGUUGGUGUGGAGACCCCACAGAGACAGGCCAGGGCCAGUGUAUGGAAGGAUCAUCCCGUGGACCAAUGAGGAGCUUGAGUAGGCAGAGUCGAGAAAAGGUAUUGGACACCAGUCUCUGUUCUAGAGAAAGAGGCUAUGACUGGGCCUACAUAACCUGUCCAGCAUGUCAGUGUAAUGGGCACAGUAUGUGUGUUAACGGCAGCGUAUGUGAGCAGUGCAAGAAUCUCACAACUGGGCCGCAAUGCCAGAUGUGUCUACCUGGAUACUUUGGAGACCCCACUAAUGGAGGGAAAUGCCAAGCCUGCAGAUGUAACAACCAUGCUAAUGUCUGCCACUCCAGCUCAGGGAAAUGCUACUGUACCACUAAAGGGGUCAAAGGGGACCAAUGCCAGCUAUGUGAUUCUGAAAAUCGCUACCUUGGCAACCCAUUCAGAGGCACAUGCUAUUAUAAUCUUUUGAUAGACUACCAGUUUACCUUUAGUCUGCUUCAGGAGGAUGAUCAACACUACACAGCCAUUAACUUCAUGGCGACUCCAGAAGAGACCAACAAGAACCUUGAUAUGUCAAUUAGUGCAUCAAACAACCUCAACGUCAACAUAACAUGGACUAUUGGCUCAACAGCGGGUACGAUCUCAGGGGAAGAAUUCCCCAUUGUGUCCAAGACUAACAUCAAAGAGUACAGAGACAGCUUCUCUUAUGAGAAAUUCUCCUUUCUUGCAAAUCCCAACAUCACUUUCCAUGUGUACGUCAGCAACUUUUCAUGGCCAAUCAAAAUACAGAUAUCCUUUUCUCAGCACAGCAGCAUCAUGGACCUGGUGCAGUUCUUUGUCACAUUUUUCAGCUGUUUCCUGUCCCUGCUGCUGGUUGCUGCAGUGGUUUGGAAAGUCAAACAGACAUGCUGGGCAUCACAGAGGAGAGAGCAAAUAAUGCGAGAGCGCCAGCAGAUGGCCAGCCGUCCAUUUGCCUCUGUUACUGUGGCACUUGAGACUCCUGAAGAAGAGAUUUUGCAAGGCCAUGUUGAGGCUGGUCCCAUAGCUGUGGAGCCAUGUGCAGGGAAUUGUGCUGCUGUACAAACAUUGCUGAUAAGUCUUCCAAGGGCAUCUUCUGGAGUGUGUCCCCCUGGCCAGUGUGGCAUCACCAUAGCCAGUGCUCUUAUUGAUAAUUCUCAGCAGAGGCCCGGUGACUUCAAAGACAAGGGCUUGGGUCUAAAGAGCCGCAAACAGCAGCACGCGAUGCACCAGGGAACCUGCGUAUGAACCAGCCGGCUGACCCCACCUAAACACCCAAGACUCUGAUUCUGAUUGUCCUUAUCUCUCUCUCUCUCUCAUAGACUUUCAGAAGGGGAUUAUGUUGAUGAGAGUGCAGCUUUUGAAGUGUUAAUGAGACAGAGGAGUGUUGAGACAUUAGUAGUCCAUGUGUGGCUCCUCCUGAAUUUCAUGCUUCAUAGUGGAGCACGAAUUCCCUCAGUAUUGCUCGAACCUUUGUGGAGGACAUCUGCAUUUUGAUUGCGCCUGCUGGGUUUCCAUAUUCGACAGCUGUUUUUUGUAAGGGGAUGGAGUAUAUAGAUACAACUUGAUUCAGGUCAGAAUUAGUUGCUGCAAUUAUCUAAUGUAAUAUUACUUUAGUUGAUCUACCGUACUUGUUCUUAUUUAAGAACAGAAGAAGAAGAAUAUCAUUGAGGUUCAAUCAGCAAUUGUGUAUUGCUAUUUUGAAUGUUUAUUGUUGAUAGAAUUGCAAAGUUGUUAGGUGUCUGUAAAUUUUUUUCAAUUCUGUGUUGCUGAAUAUGAUAAUAAAGCCAAGGAUCCCGCUGAUCAUCUGAUUCAGCGCCGGCCAUGCACCCUCAUGGGCCGGCCACGCCUUUCUCCUCGUCAAACUCCUCCCCCGACCAAAUCUGUCCGGGGCGACACCGGACUGAUUUACUCUGUUCUGUAAGCCAAUGGUCCACCCCACCUCCUGGGAACCUGGGGGAGAGACGAGGGUAGGCAUGGGAGAGGGAAAUGGUGAGCGGGAUACAGACAGAUAGAGAGAGAGGAGAGAGAGAGAAAAACUUGCUCACCCGUCCCCGGACACGCCAUCGCCUCAACCAUUCCUCUUCUGGCGGAUGAGAGCUCGCUCCUCCCACAGUGGAUGGCCGCAAGCCCUCCUACACCUGGCGAACGGAACCGCUCCUCCCCUUCUCGGUGGAUGGCAGCAGUUCCUCAGGCUCUCGGCAGCCGGCAGGGUCCCCUCCAUCCCCAGGCAGAUGGCCUCGGCUGCUCUUCUGGUUGACGGCAGUGGCAAGGACUCCACGACAGCACCUCCCUCCUCCCUCCUGGGUUUUGGCAUCAAUGUAACAGGUAAAGAUGGGCAAGGAGGCUGGAACUGGCUGAACAGUCAACGUAAAAUCUAAUGAUAUAAAUUAAUGAACUUAAAACAACAUAAAAAAUAAGAACAAACACACACACACACACACACACACACACACACACAUGCAGCAUAGCCACGUGCAUCUCUCUCUCUCGAACUGGUGUCUCCAGCUCCCCUUUAUCUUUCUCUGAUCAUAUAAUUCAGCACUGGCCGUGCACCCUCACGGCCCGGCCACACCCUCCUCCUCAUCACAGUGAUUCUCUUUUAAUGUAUUGUCAUAAUGUAUUGUUUUAUUUGUUUCAUUGUUUGUCUACAUAGUUAGGACACAUAUGUAAUAACUUUAUAAUAGUAUGUCUUAUUAUGCAAAUACAUUAAUAGUUUUAUUAAGCUAAAAAAAAGACCCAAAAGGGUCACAUCCGUGUUUUAAGUUUUGUUGUAUUUUUCCAUCUGUUUCCGCAACCAAAUUUGUGACCCCUAAUCCUUUAAUCCUCUGUAUUUUAUUGGAACGUUAAAGCAGUAUACUUUUAUGCAACCUGGUCUCAUAGAAUUCCAUCACUGUACCUACAUUUUGAGCAAAAUAAUUUUUACAUGGCUUGUUGUAUGUAUUGCGGUGCUUUCCUUUUAAAAUGAACAUUAAAGGCUCUAAAACAAUCAUGCCUUUUAUUCCCUUCUACACAAAUUAACACAAUUAAUUUAACUGCAGAUUUUUCAGUUAAUACAAUAAUACUUUUUGCCCUGUUCCUCAUGACAUCAACAUGCCUUUACUUAGCGAAUAACUUAUACGGUGACACAUUUUUAAGUUUGCAUCAUUUAUAAGCUUGUUCGGGUGUGAUCAAAUUGAGUGUAAAACUAAAGCAUAGGACAGGGAUUUAAGUCCUGGAGAACCAACAAGUCGACACAUGAGCUGAAAGUGUCAUAGAAACACCACAACAUUUUUUGGUUGCUCUGGCAAUUGCGUUUUUCAUCUCGCUUUUGCUUUUUAUGACACUAUCGGUUAGGAGUAAGAUUUUGUUGUUGUUGUUUUUUUAACCCAACUUGAUUUUGUUCUGUUAAAAUCAAAGGGGCAUUAGGCUUAAAAGCAUCUAAUAUUUUUACAGUGUUAGUUACUGCAUUGCGGAAAAAAUAUCUUUGUGUUGUCUUUUACGUCUCAAAGGAAUUAUGGUUUUUAUUCAUUUAUUUCUCAUUUGCAUACUUGAGUCAUAACCUAUGAGAAGGUCACAUCAAACGUGUAUGUGAAAUGUAUAAAUGGUGAGGAGCG